UAAAGGAGACCCCAAAAAAGAAAGCACGUACACAUACACACUACUUUUCCUAAAAAAGUUAUUAUGCCUUUGGGAUAGAACAAAAAUAACCUUACAACCAAAAAAAAAAAAAAAAAAGCAUAAUGCAAAUGAUGGGUUAUAAAGACCAACAUCUCUUCUUCUUAAUUUUAUCAAACUUGUCCAAUAGUUGUUCCUUUUUCUUCUUGUACUUUAAAGUGUCAUCAUAUAAUUGAGACAAUGACAGGCCUUAACUCUUCUAUUUCUUCUUCUUCUUCUUCAUCUUCUUGUGGUGCUUGCAAGUUUCUUAGGAGAAAAUGUAGUGAUCAAUGUGUUUUUGCUCCUUUCUUUAGCUAUGAAGAAGCCACUUCCCAUUUUGCAGCUGUUCAUAAAGUGUUUGGUGCUAGUAAUGUCUCCAAGCUUCUCUUACAUCUCCCCGUCCAUAUCCGAAGCCACGCCGCCGUUACCGUUGCUUACGAAGCUCUCGAGCGCAUGCGAGAUCCCACUUAUGGCUGCGUUGCACAUAUUUUCGCAUUGCAGCAAGAGGUCGCGAGCUUGCAAGAAGAGAUAGAAAUUCUGGGGAGCCAAAUAGCAAAUUUCGCGGCUGCCGGUGGGAGCAUUGCAGCGGUCGAGAAUCCACUUAUAGAUCAGCUUCAAGUCUCACAGCAGCUGAAUGAUUUUGGGGUGAUGAACACAAAUGAUUAUCAAAAUGAGCUGCUUUCUGAGUUGCCAUACCAAAGUUUUGAUAAUGUCCAAAAUGAUAAUGGUCAAAUGAUAUCUCCAUUGUUUUGUUUAGGGGAAGAAGAUGGGGUUUUAGGGUUUUGCAACUCAAAUAAUGUUGUUGAGAGAUCAGCCUUUGAUGUUUCAGUUGAGGAGAAUUUUAUUGGAUAUCCAUGGGUAGUUGGAUGA